AUGUCAGCUGCCGACAGAAGAUCCUCGGCCUCGCACCGCCAGAGGCUNCCCCGGUCCACUGCUCAACCUGAAUCCUACUCGCAAAGAAGCGCCCACGUCCGCGUCGAGUCGCAUCAACACGAGUCUCGCUCUGCUACCGUCACCCGCGUCCGCAGCGUCCACAAACCCGCACAACACUCGUCCCAGCCCUCGAGAUCGAGACAAUCCGACUCCGUCCCGGCCAAUGUCGGCCCUACUCCUCUCUGGAACCCCAAGGCUUCCUUGAUACCUCAUACCUCAGCCCCGUUGGCAUCUCGCGUCUCCGUCCCACCUCUAGCCGCUCAUGCGCCCCCUGCUCUCCAGCCCGAUCCCCUGUCGAGCAUGACACUCGAUGCUCAAGAGACUGCCGUCAUCCAGGACCUUUUAUUCGUCUUUAUGGGCUUCGAGGGCCAAUAUGUCCGCUACACCGACGCCUACCAGCCGCAAGAGGAAAAGAGCCGUCUUGCUGGUCCGCACUUUCGAGUCCUGCCCGGCCUAGACCCAAGCUUGAGAGAUCUCACCAUCUCCAUGCUGAGAAUGGCCUCACACUAUGCCGCUGUCGAGGCCUUUGUCGAAGUUCAAAGCAGAGAGGAAUUUGGCGCCGUCAACCACGCUCUUUGCGCCGCCAUGAGGAAGCUGCUCAAAGACUAUCUGAUUCUUAUCGCUCAACUCGAGCAUCAGAUGCUGACCAACCAAUCCUUUACUCUACACGUUUUGAACCUUCACACCAAACCCACCAGCCAUAUGAUGUUCCAAUUGUACAGCCUGGCGCAUGAGAUCCUGAAGGAGAACUCCAUGCUCGAGGACGACGAUGAUGACCUAGACGAAUCUGACGACUUUGAAAACAUCCUGGAAUCUUUGCGAGAGGGUAGAGAUGCUGGCAAUGUCGGGAGAAAAGUGUGCAAGGGAGGCAGCGUAUUGCGCCUCAUCACCAAGCGCCUGGCGACCAUGUCUGGCGAUCCUGCAGCUCGAACUCUACUUACCACGCUGUUGCGAGAGUCCUCCAGACCAUACAUGGCCAUGUUGAACGAAUGGCUUCACCACGGCAAUGUCCGAGACCCACAUUCUGAAUUCCUCAUCAAAGAGCAGAAGAGCAUUCGUAGAGAAGGAUUGGAGCAAGAUUAUACCGACGAAUACUGGGAGAAGCGCUACACCAUCCGACACGAAGAUGUACCCCCACAACUCGAAUCUGUCAAGGACAAAGUGCUGCUGGCUGGCAAAUACUUGAACGUCGUUCGAGAGUGUGGUGGUGUAGAUGUGUCAAGAGAUAUGGACGAUCAAGUCCCUCAUACUUUCGAUGAUGUCCGCUUUUUGGACAAUGCCAAUUCUGCCUAUGCCUUCGCCAACUCUUCAUUACUCACCCUCUUACUUACCACACAUGCUCUUCCUGCACGCCUUCGCAGUUUGAAGCACUAUUUCUUCCUGGACCGAUCUGAUUUCUUCUCUUACUUCCUCGAACUCGGUCACUCAGAGCUUAAGAAGCCUGCCAAGUCCGUUAAUAUCGGAAAGCUGCAAUCACUUCUUGAUAUCGUGUUGCGACAACCUGGAAGCGUUGCCGCCGAGGACCCAUUCAAGGAGGACGUCAAGGUUGUCAUGAACGAAGUUGGCCUGACCGGAUGGUUGAUGCAGGUCGUCAACGUCAAGGGUCUGGAUGCUGAUGGUGGCAGCAUCACAUCGUAUACGCCAGCGGCCAGUGUCAUUGGAGACGACAAAGACAUUAGCGGUUUCGAUGCGCUUACCUUUGACUACGCCGUUCCCUUCCCUCUCUCGUUGGUUGUCUCGAGGGUGACAUUGACAAGAUACCAGCUGCUCUUCCGUUACAUUCUUUCAUUACGCCAUCUUGAACAGUUGCUAGUGAGCUCGUGGGUUGACCACUCAAAAGUCACAAGCUGGCGCCAUAAGAGCUCUGACCGGCGAAUUGAGGACUGGAAACGUAGAGCGUGGUGUCUGAGGAGCCGUAUGCUUUGUUUCGUACAGCAGCUGUUGUACUUCUGUACGAACGAGGUCAUAGAGCCUAAUUGGACUGCAUUCAUGACCCGUCUGAGCGAAGCAGAAGCACCGGAAAGUGUUGCCGAGGGUGGAAAGGUCAAACGUACAGUGGAUGAGUUGAUGCAAGAUCACGUCGAUUUUCUGGCCACAUGUCUCAAGGAGUGCAUGCUGACAAACUCCAAGCUCCUUAGGCACGAUCCACACAGGCUAGAGAAGCUUGACGACAACCUCAAACGCUUCGAGGACAACUUCACCAGACAUUUGAAGAUCCUACUGGACGCGCUCAACUACCUUGCUGCCACAGAGACGGUGGUGUUCUUGGGACUGUGUGCCAGACUCAGCAUGGCCAAUGAGAACAUUUCCGGUCCCAUAUCUUCGGUACCUUUUGGUUGA